AUGACAUCCGAAGUGCCAUCUUCGUCUCUUCCGUAUAAACUCAAUCAGCAAAAUCAGGCACAGUAUCAGCACAACAUAAAGUUGCUUGAGAAAAUAGUAGAUGCGAUCAUUCUUUGUGGGAAACAAAAUAUUCCUCUCCGAGGACACAGAGAUGAUACCACAAGUGAUUCCUCAAAUAAAGGUAAUUUCCUGGCAAUAUUACAGCUGUUGGCAAAGCAUGAUGAGCAGCUCUGGUCUCAUCUACAAAAAGCAAAAAAGAAUGCCCUAUAUACCAGCAAAAUCAUUCAGAAUGAGGUUAUCCAACUCAUUGGAAAUCACAUCACAGGUAAACGUUUGAAGGGUUUACAAGGGAGGGUUUUUUAUUCCAUCAUAGCCGAUGAGGUAACUGACAAGUACGCUAACAAAGAAGUUUUAGUCUUGUGUCUCAGAUUUCUAGAUACUAGAGAACACCCUGCCAUCAUUAAGGAGGAAUUUCUUGACUUUGCAAAUAAAGGCAGAACUACUGGGGAAGCAAUUGCUGAUAAACUUAUUGAAAUCCUCCGCUUGCUUGCAAUUCCGAUUGAGAACAUGCGAGGACAAGCAUACGAUGGUGCAGCAGCAAUGGCAUCGGAAAAACGGGGGUGUCAGGGACGAAUCAAGUCUCUAAACCAAUUAGCUUUGUACACACACUGUCGGAGUCAUGUAUUGAAUCUGAGCAUCGCUUCAGCCUGCAAAUUGCCCCUUGUGAGGUUUAUGAUAGAUGUCCUUAAUUCAGUGUUUAUUUUCUUUGACAGUUCCCGUAAACGACAAGGGUUUCUUGAGACUAUUAUAGAAAAUGAUGGGUCUGUAGAUUUUUCCAGGAAGAAACUAGUUGGACUCUGUAAGAAUAGGUGGGUUGAGCGUCAUAUCUGCUUUGAUGUGUUCUACACUAUGUACAAGUUCGUCAUCAAAUGUCUGCAGCAUAUUCUCAAUCAAAACCUUGAUGAAAGUACCAGUGAAGACUGGUCUUGA